AGAAUAUAAAGUUUGUAGGUGCCAAUAAUUCUUUGACGAUAACAAGCUUGGGAUUAAGAUCAUUUGACUUCAGUGCAAGAUGACACUUCUUCCAUUUGUAUGGGUGAUUGUUUGUAAACACUGAAGUCCAAGGUUAAGAGCAGGAGGAUGAGUUGUGUGCGUCGCGUGGUAGUGACUGGACUUGGACUAGUGACACCUCUCGGAGUUGGAACACCUCAUAACUGGCUCCGUUUGACUUCUGGCAAGGUAGCAACUUCGGCGCUCGCAGAUCCUCGCUUCUCACAGAUGCCAUGUCGUGUGGCUGCGCGUGUUCCUCGAGGAAAGGAGGAGGGAGAACUGGAUCUUUCGUCACAUUUUAAUGCAAGUGAAUUGCGUGCAAUGACUCCUGCCAUUACAUUUGCUUUGGUUGCUGCACAAGAGGCCAUAGAAGAUGCAAAGUGGAAACCAGACGACAGAGAUCAACAGGAACGGACAGGUGUAGCUGUAGGAAUGGGGAUGGUGGACCUGGAUGAUAUUAUAGCUACUAAUGAGAAGCUCCAAUGCAAGUACAGUAAAGUUAGUCCAUAUUUUGUUCCCAGAAUUUUGACCAAUAUGGCAGCUGGGCAGAUUAGCAUGAAAUAUUCUUUUCAGGGCCCUAAUCAUAGUGUGUCGACAGCAUGUGCCACUGGAGCUCAUGCUGUUGGCGAUGCUUUUCGAUUUAUUAAAAGUGGCGAUGCAGAUGUGAUGGUAUGUGGAGGUACAGAGGCCAGUAUAAGUCCAUUGAGUAUUGCUGGGUUCUGUCGACUCAGAGCACUUGCCACCAAUUUUAACGACUGUCCAGAGAGCGCAUCUCGACCUUUUGAUGCCCAGCGAGAAGGAUUCAUCAUGGGUGAAGGAGCAGGGAUACUAGUAUUGGAGGAGUAUGAGCAUGCCAAAGAACGUGGAGCAAAUAUUUAUGGAGAGAUCCUAGGUUAUGGGUCAACGGGAGAUGCACACCAUUACACGGCACCAAGAGAAGAUGGGAGAGGAGCAGUGAGAGCAAUGGCCCGGGCCAUCCAGGAAGCACACGUACACCCAGAAGACAUUAGAUACAUAAAUGCUCAUGCAACAUCAACACCUUUAGGAGAUGCAAUUGAAGUCGAGGCGAUAAAGUCACUCUUUAAAGACCACGCUCAAAACCUACAUGUGUCUUCAACUAAAGGCGCAAUUGGUCACCUGCUGGGAGCAGCUGGUGCAGUGGAGGCUAUCCUGACUGUUGUGGCUUGUCAUGCUGGCUACAUACCUCCCACACUUAACCUCAAUAAUCCAGGACCCGGUUUGGAUCUAGAUUUUGUACCAAUGGAAGCCAAGGGAUGGCUGCAGGUGGCUGACAGAAGAAUUGCUCUAACAAAUUCUUUUGGAUUUGGUGGUACAAAUGCUUCUUUGUGUAUAUCAUCUUGUGAUUAGUCGAGUAGCAUUUAUUGGGGCAUUUUAAUAGGUGGGUCUCGGUUCAGCUACUUUGCUUACUGAGAAAAGUGAUAUAAAAUGUAUCAGGUCUGUAAAUUAUUGAAAUGUUAAUGUGCUUUAUAAUAUUUAAAUUUUGUAAUAAAAAACAAAAACAA